AUGGUGGAACGAUCAAAACUGGGCCAAGUGCUUCUUGCUAGAGAUGCUACUUUUGAGCAGAUCCUUCACAAGGGAACGUCGAAAGGCAACAAGGCUGCGACGGAAGACUACUUCAGGCAUUGGGACAACAAGCUCAACGCUAAGAAAGAGACGAAACAGGAUAGAGAGGCCCGAGCCGCAGAGUAUGAUUCACUCACGAGGCAAUAUUAUAACCUGGCGAGUGAUUUCUACGAGUAUGGCUUUGGCCAAAGCUUUCACUUCUGCAGACCUGCCAUUGCCGAAAGCUUCAAACAGGGCAUCGCCAGACAUGAGCACUAUCUCGCCCACAUGAUCAACAUCAAGAAGGGGAUGAAGGUCCUGGACGUUGGCUGCGGUGUGGGUGGCCCUGCCCGCGAAAUUGCCAAGUUCACGGGCGCAUACAUCACUGGACUCAACAUCAAUGAGUACCAGGUGGAGAGGGCCGCCAGGUAUACAAAGACAGAGCGUAUGGAUAAGAACGUGCAAUUCGUCCAGGCCGACUUCAUGAACAUCCCCUUCGAGGACAACACUUUCGACGCCGUCUAUGCCAUCGAAGCCACGGUCCACGCCCCAUCUCUCCAAGCCGUCUACUCAGAAAUCCACCGCGUUCUCAAACCCGGAGGCGUUUUCGGCGUCUACGAAUGGGUCAUGACCGAGGCCUACGACAACGAUAACCUCUCCCACCGCAAGACGCGUAUCGAUAUCGAGCAGGGCAACGGCAUCGCCAACAUGGUGAAGGCGUCCGAGGCCCUGCGCGCCUUCGAGGCCGCUGGCUUCGAGAUUCUUGAGAACGAGGAUAUGGCGGAUAGGCCGGAUCCAAGCCCGUGGUACUGGCCCCUCGACGCCGGAAGCUGGCGGCACGCACAGACAAUGGGAGAUCUGCUGUACACCUUCCGCAUGACGGGACUAGGAAGGAUGGCGACGCACGGGUUUUUGAGUGUCAUGGAGAUGUUGAGAUUUGCGCCGCCUGGGAUGACGAAGACGUCAGACAGUUUGAUCCGCGCGGCUGAUGCGUUGGUUUUUGGUGGGAGAGAGAAGAUCUUGUCGCCGAUGUAUCUGAUGGUUGGGCGGAAGUCAGACAAGACGGAGUGA